UGCUGGGGAAGGAGAGGAAGAGCACAGGGCAGAAGGUACUCCGCCAAAUGCGGCUCUGCGUGCGGCGCUACACGUUACAGGCUUUUGAGCGCGAAUCCGGAGCGCGUUACGCGUGCGCUUCAGAAGGGAAAGCCGCCCGAUGCGCUUUUCGUUUCUGUUUCACGUUUUGCACCACCCACCGCAAUGUUUCAGAAAAAACUAGUCUAGUUUCUGUCGAGGUGUCUCAGGCUGUACAGAAGCGACGGAAAUGACGGCGGAGUUCCAGCAGCCAUCGGCCCAGGGGGCUCCUCAGAGCAGCUCCAUGUCGGCAGCAUCCGAGAAGCCCGCGGCGCUGGAAGGCGCGUGUCCAGCCGCCAAGACGAAAAAGAGCAACGCGGGGGUCCGGCGGCCCGAGAAACCUCCCUACUCGUACAUCGCUUUGAUAGUGAUGGCCAUCCAGAGCUCGCCCAGCAAACGCCUGACCCUGAGCGAGAUCUACCAGUUCCUCCAGAGCCGCUUCCCGUUCUUCCGAGGCUCCUACCAGGGAUGGAAGAACUCGGUCCGCCACAACUUGUCCCUCAACGAGUGCUUCAUCAAGUUGCCCAAAGGACUGGGCAGACCUGGGAAGGGACACUACUGGACGAUCGACCCUGCCAGUGAGUUCAUGUUUGAGGAGGGCUCUUUCCGCAGAAGGCCGAGGGGAUUCAGGAGAAAAUGCCAGGCGCUGAAACCCAUGUACAGCAUGAUGAACGGCCUGGGAUUCAACCAUCUACCCGAGUCCUACGGCAUUCAGGGGGGCGGCGGAGCCCUCUCCUGCCCCCCAAACGCCUUGUCCAUAGAUACUGGGAUUGGGAUGAUGAACGGACACUUGAACGGUAUGGAAGGGAUGACUUUGACGGGACAUUCGAUGUCACACAUGUCAGCCAACGGUGCACAUUCAUACAUGGGGAGCUGCACGGGAUCCGCGGCCGGAGAGUACCCCCACCAUGACAACUCGGCGUCACCGCUCCUUUCAGGAGGGGCAGUCAUGGACCCUCACCCGAUGUAUUCCGGCACGACGUCCACAUGGGCUAACUCAGCCUCUCUAAACAGCGGCACCUCUUACAUCAAACAGCAACCGCUGUCACCCUGCAACCCUGGUGGGAAUUCACUGCAAGCUGGGGCACCGGCACAUUCCCUGGACCAGUCCUACCUGCACCAGAAUGGACACACCACCACUGACCUGCAAGGGAUCCCCCGGUACCACUCGCAGUCCCCCAGCGUGUGUGACAGGAAGGAGCUGCUCUUCUCCUUCAACCCCAUGGCCUCGACAGCCAUCCACCCGCCCGUCAGCGGCUCCUACUACCAUCACCAGCAGGUCACCUACCAGGACAUCAAGCCCUGUGUGAUGUGAGCCCAUCGC